GUAUUGUAAACGGUACUGUGUGAAACGUAGGAGGUGGGGAGGGGGGGUUUGAAUUGACAAAAAUCGCCCGAUAGGGUGCACAUCCGGAGCCUCGACGAUCAUAAUUUAACGCACCUUUUACCUUUCAAGAAAGCAAGUUUUAUAGUUUCUUUUAUUAAUUUAUUGUAUUUCUCUUAGUUUAUGGUUAACGCUCUGGGAGGGCAGAAAUGGCGGCCAACAUGUACCGGGUCGGAGAUUAUGUAUUCUUUGAGAACUCCUCCAGUAACCCUUACCUGAUCCGCCGGAUAGAAGAACUCAACAAGACCGCCAGUGGGAAUGUGGAGGCCAAGGUGGUUUGUUUCUACAGAAGGAGAGACAUCUCCCACAGCCUCAUCCAGCUCGCAGACAAACAUGCAAAGGAGUUGGAAGAAGAGAAGGAGAGCCCGACAGAGACAGAGCUAACAGACAAACAGAAACACCAGCUUCGCCACAGAGAGCUCUUCCUCUCCCGGCAGUAUGAGAGUCUACCUGCGACGCAUAUCAGGGGGAAGUGCAGUGUUGCUUUAUUGAACGAGACAGAAGCUGUUCUUUCAUACCUUGACAAAGAGGAUACCUUCUUUUAUUCGCUGGUGUACGACCCGACACAGAAGACUCUGCUGGCUGAUAAAGGAGAGAUCAGAGUGGGACCGCGCUUUCAGGCAGACGUACCUGAAAUGUUACAAGAAGGAGAGGCAGACGAGAGGGACCAGUCCAAACUAGAAGAAAAGCUAUGGGAUCCAGAGUGUCCGCUCACCAACAAACAGAUAGACCAAUUUCUAGUGGUGGCACGGGCGGUCGGGACCUUUGCCCGAGCGUUGGACUGCAGCAGCUCCGUUAGACAGCCAAGCUUACACAUGAGCGCAGCCGCAGCCUCGCGAGAUAUCACACUGUUCCACGCGAUGGACACGCUGCAUCGUCAUAAUUACGACCUCUCCAGCGCGUUGAGUGUGCUGGUGCCAGCGGGCGGCCCCGUGCUCUGCAGGGAUGAGAUGGAGGAGUGGAGCGCAUCAGAAGCCGCCAUGUUCGAAGAGGCGUUAGAGAAAUAUGGAAAAGACUUCAAUGACAUCCGACAAGACUUUCUUCCCUGGAAGUCUCUGACCAGUAUCAUAGAGUACUACUACAUGUGGAAGACCACGGACAGAUACGUGCAACAGAAGAGACUGAAGGCGGCGGAGGCAGAAAGCAAACUGAAGCAGGUUUAUAUCCCCACAUAUAACAAACCCAACCCCAACCAGAUCUCGAUGACCAACGGCAAGAUGGCGACGGUGAACGGAGCAGGCCCUGGGGCCUACCAUACAGCAGGCGUGGGCAGACCCUGCGAGAGCUGCUACACCGUGCAGUCGGCCCAGUGGUACUCGUGGGGGCCUCCGAACAUGCAGUGCCGACUGUGCGUUUCCUGCUGGAUGUACUGGAAGAAGUACGGUGGUCUGAAGAUGCCGAGCAGAGCCGAGGCCCCGGAGGAGAGGACCUCGCCCAGUCCAGCAAGCAACGAGUCUCGCUCCAGGGGUCACGCCCCUCGCCAGUCCAACCACAUGGUGCCGAUGCGAAACAGCGGCAGCCCCAAGUCCUCCAUGAAGACCAAGCAGGCUUUCCUGCUGCAGGCCACCCGCCUCACCAAGCUGGCCCGGCACAUGUGCCGUGACAUCAUCAGGCUGCGCCGUGCCGCACGCCGGCCCUUUGUCCCCAUUAACUGUGGGGCCAUAAAGGCAGAGUACAUGUUAAGGGUGUCGGAAGGUCAAGGGACCCGCCUGCCCAAAACCAGAGCCGCCCAAAGGAGCACUCUGACCAGUGUUCUGCAGUUCCUAGAGUCUCGCCCGGCGGCCCACGCCCCCCGCUCCCACCGCACGCCGGGCCUGCAGACCCCGCCUCCGCGCCGCCUCCUCUCCUCCCUCCCCCACGGCCCCCACGGCAUGCUGGGAAAGCGCAGCUACCAUCACCACAGCAGGGCUGAGCCGGACAGGCGCUCAGAGAACCCAGGUACGACAGGUGGACCUCUCAUGCAUAAUGGCCGCAACAGCAGCGGCGGAAGCACCCGCGGUGGAGUCAUGAUCCGCAAGAGACGCCCCAAUUGGAUCGAUGCGCCCGACGACAGCUUCUUCCUCGUCACCCGGGAGACCAGGAGGGCCCGGAGGCUGCUGUCGCGCUCCCAGCUGAGACACGCUUGCCGGCAGCCCUGCGAGCAGAUCACCCUGCGCAGAGUCUCCCAGGCCCCCCCGCAGGGGCUCGUCCUCGCCCCUCCGCACCCCCACCCCAGCCUGAGGAUGCGAGGCCCCAUCGUCAUCCACGACUGACCCGGCCGGGACCCGCUUGCCCUCCACCGCGCCGGCCUCUUCUCUCAUUGAAGCCUCCCUUUGCUUUUAGCCGCCAUCACUCCGAGCUGUCUCGGAAGGAGCCGCGAUGCAAUAGAAACAUGAAUCUGACCCGGCCGCGAAACGCUGCCUGUCUUUAAUCUCCCUGGGAAUGUGUUUUUACGUGUAUAUACUGUAUUUGGAUGCAUGUGAGCGUGAAAGAACGAGAGAAUGCUGUUCUUAGUUUACAUUAUUUUUGUGAGAACUUUUGUGUCGAUGGUGAAUUGUUGUGGAGUUUUAUCUUUUUUUUUUUGUUGGAGGGUGGGGGGAGGGAGGGGGCUUUCUUUUUAAAGUGGGAGAAGAGACAAAAUGUCCACAAACACAAGAAAAGAAAAAAAGAAGAAGAAGAAGAAGAAAAAUGCACUAUUACUGAGACUGCGGCCCUUUGUGAAAUGGCUGCUUUAAUUUGUGUUCUGCGGUUCUCCUCACGCUCAUCCCGAAGCCGAAAUGAAUCAUCCGGAGCCGGCGCUGAAGAGCGAUGACCCCGGAGACAGCAUUUAUCAAACCUUCCACGCAGGAAUCUGCAGCAGGCUUGAAAAUAUAAGGAAGGAAUAAAGAGCCGGCCCGCGUCGAACACUGUACAAUAGACUGUAUAUCUCAUUACAGCACUGUAAAUUCCUCCCAUUCUAUUUCUAUGGCCUACCUAGCCCCUAACGUGGGUACUAAAGCACUUCCUUUGCAGCAGAAGAGGGCAUGGAUCUGACGUUAUUUUCCCUCGAGGCUGCGAUGCAGCGGCAACUUUUUAAGGCAAAAAUAACUUUGCCAGCAGCUGUUUGCUAUUUGCUCACAGCGUCCCAAUUUGUCCUUUAGAGCAUUUAAAAAAAAGGUUUAAUUCCUGCUUUGAAGACCUCUCUCUCCCCAUCUCUAGCACCGCUGCACGACGGUUUUUUCCCCAAAUUGCCUCAAAAAGUUGCCCGUCCAGCCUCCGGGUGCGAUUAUUCUUUUAGAAACUGGCAUCGCCGCCGCAUGUCUUUGAGGCGAGAGCCUCCGCUGACCCACGGGUCGCUCGAUUUCUUUCAUUCAGAAUGAUUAUGUUCGUGUUUCCUGUAUGUCAUGUGUUGACUUAUGAAUAUGCUGAGAAUAAUAAUAAUAAUGAUAAUAAAAAAAAAUUGCCAGAUUA